AGGUUCCGUCCACCGAGCGAGGCAGGGCUGUGGCUCUUGUGGCAACAUACGAGGGGGCGCGCCAUGCUCGUGGCAAGACUUCUUGUUGCUCUCAUUCCCAGGCGAAAUACUGUUCGUCGCUGUUUUCUGUUGUGUUUUUGGGAUAGUAGAAGGCGAAAAACAUGUCGUUUUGAUAAUCGUACGUACGAUAAAACGGGCCUGAGCGGAUUGAUCGUGGUGCCCAGGGUCGGCCGGCGCUCCUAUACCGUGGCCCCGUGCUACGUGCAGGUGUAAUUUAAUAAGGAGCGCAGGGGAGGUUGGCGAUUUAACAGGGAUAUCGAUUUGUCCGCCGAGUGCUGUGCUGGCUCCAUCGCAAGACCCAGAAGCAGGCAGCCAUGGACGUCGAUAUUUUUGGGGCACAGCCUGCCGCAGCACCGUGUUGGGUAUGUUGCGUCCGAGCGAGUCCAGAGGCCUGAUAGGGCCCGAGAAAUGCGACGAUUCGCCGGCCGAUAACGCGGUGCGAGAGUAGGCAGUAAAAAAGGGGCAAAGACGGCGAGCCGCGGUACGGCGGUACGCUCCUUACCACGGAUUUUAUUGUCAGAACGGCGUACCGCGUAGGAAUUCAAAGCAUUUUUUAGUAUCAGGACCGUACCGAUAAACCACGAUGGAUCUUGGCAUCGUAGGUAACGCAACGGGUGCAUCCGGGGGGGCCGUCGCCUGUCCCGUUUGCACUCUUUAUUUGCGCGAGGGUAUUAGUCUUCAAAGACACUUGGAUACACAUCCCAAGGAACAGGUCAUAGAGGCCCUCAUUAAAGCCAGCUCUACGACCUCUCAACAGACGCAACAACUUCCAUCGCCGACAUCAGUACCUCCUGUUCCUUCCAGCAUUCAAUCACCGCAGAAUACACCACCGCACAUCCAACAGACGACUGCGCAUGUUUCUGCUCAGUCUCCGUAUCCCAUAGGGCCUAUAUUCGAAUGUCCACCGAUUGGUACUAUGAUGCCUCCUCAAUUUGCCUCGUUUAGUUAUCAACAAUUUGUCAAUAACGGGACCAUGAUGAUACCACAGUACGCGAUGGCUCCACAGACUAAUCAGAUGAUGCAAAUGUUGUAUAAUCCAUACGGUAUGUAUCAACAGCAACAGAUACCCACUGUUCAAAUGAUCUCUCCGGUUGCAGCCAUUCCUAAUACCACAAGGAUAAGACCUGUGGUUACUAUGGCUGGUGAAACCAAUAGCAGGACCACCAUCACUGUACCUGUAAAUAGUUCUGAGCCAAAGCAGAUCUUACCUGAGAUAUUACCAGAGCCAGAAGUAGAAAGCGAACAAGAUCUGCCUGACAUAAAUUUCCCAGCAUCCCCCGAAGUAGCUAAUGAAAAUACUUCUAUGCAGCAAGACGGAAAUGAAAAUAGUAGAAUUCAAAUAGAACAUAGAGGCCAACAAAUACAAAAUGCAACCAUGCAGGAUCAAAGUACCGUGCAGCACGAAUAUAAUAGCAUUCCUAGAUCUUUAACAAUCACUUGUAACAUUGAAAACGAAGACGAUGACAAUGCUGAAAGCGUACUGCCCGAUAUAGAUGAAAGAGAAACGGUGCACAUGGUUGCAUCGGUUGUCCAAUGCAAAACUACCCAUUAUGAGGAACAAUCCGAAAUACAAAGGUUUGAUCAAGAAUAUAAAAACGAUAGUAAUAAGCUCAAUUUAGAACCGCAAGAUGUUCUCGGAAGUACCAUUGAUAUAGAAAAGGAAAAAUUAGAAGAGGAGAAGUCUUCGGAUGAAAAAGAAAAGAGUGAAAAUGAAUCUGUCCCAUCUCAAGUUCCUGCAACAGAAAUGGCAAAAGAUACUGCACAACCUGAGGUAGAACAAUUGGAACAAUUGUUGAUCACUAUUAUGGAAUCAGAAUUUAAUAGCGCAUCAACGAAGGAGCAUGAUGUACAGAAGGACGAGGAAGAGAAGGAAAAUAUGGAGGAAAGUGUUUCGAUUCACGCAGAUGAAGAAAUAACUCCAAAUAUAAUAGAUGUGAUUUCAAACUCUCAUAACAGUGAUAUCAAGGAAUGUAAUAUAGAAAUGGAAAUUACGGAAGAACCAAAAAUAUGUGUAGAAGACAAAUCAGACAAAAGUUAUAUUUUAUAUCAUUACAAGGACAGUUUAUCUGCUCCACCCUCGCCAGCAAUACGAAAGAAGUCUACUCGAACGUAUUCAGUUCGUUCAGAAUUUGGCUCAAAUGAAAAUCUUAGUGUUUAUCCUAUUGGAUUUGAUGCGACUACAUUGCAAGACGAAGAGGAUGACGAUGAAAAGAAUAUGACGGAAGAUAAUUUUGAUGAAGCAGAUAUGGAAAUAGAAGCAAUACCUAGUCCUCAUACACCUUUCAUGAAAUAUGGCGAAAGUACAGAAGGUGUUAGGUCCCAUACUCCAUUGUCUGCCAUUAGUGGUAUAUCAGUACUAAGAGUUCGAAAAGAUUUAAGCAAACCUUGUUCUCCUGCAUCUGCACAUUCAUUUUGUCAUAUAGAUGGGGAUAGUUUGAGUCAUGAUGAUGAAAGUAAUGAUUUAAGAGAAAUUACAAUGGAGAAAGAUCCUAUUAGUUGUCCCCAAAUUGAAGAAGAGAUAAAAGUAGAUAAAUAUGAAGAAAAUGUAUGUGAAAAUGUGGAGAAGAAGGGAGACAAUUCGAAUCACGUGUAUCAUCAAUCCGUAAUAACAGAGCAUGUUAGCUUAUUUCCGCCAAUUCAUUCGCAGCAGCCUGUUUUAAUACAAGAUUCUUAUCCGUUACCAAAUAACAAAAAUCAUAAUCUUUUAAAUUUAUCAGAAUCUAUCAAUCCAACUACAAGCACUGAAUCAAAGAAUUAUCACUGUAAUAAAUCAAUUAUUCAAAAACAGUCAAUGGAACUUCUUAAUAUAAAUGAAGAUGCUCAUGCUGGUCCAAUGAAUGUUUUUGAGUUUGAUGGACUUCAAAUUUUAGUUCCUAGUACAUUUAUAAGUGAAUCAUCACAAAAAGCAGUGAGUGCAACUAGCCAGCAAUCUAUGGCAAGUAGCGAGGGAGGUGCAGGUAUCGAUGAAGAAGUUAAAAGUGUUAAUAUGCGUGCUGAUGAAACUAUGCCACCCAGAGGUGAAUUAUCAGAACAAGAAAGUAAUGGCUGUACAGAACAGUCCGCUUGGCAGGUUUACAUGGGCCAAGAAUCUUCAAGAAUGUCAACAUCUUAUGAUCUAAUGGCAAGGGAAAGUUGGGAAGAAUCAGAAGGAUCAGACAAUGAAAUUAGUGGUCCAUUGUUAGAUAGUCGAUCUUUAGCUACGCAUUUUACAUCUAGCUUAUUCUUAGAUCGUGAUAGAAAAACGCCUACAAAAAGGACAUUUAAGUGUUCACAUUGUCCAGAGGUUUUUGACUGUCCUAAAGAACGUAGAGUCCAUAGUACAAUGGUGCACAAAGAACCUGGACCUAGCAGUAGUAGAGAUGCAACAGAACAACCGGAAGUAAAAGAUAUAAAAUUAUUAGAUGGGCGCAUGAAUGUGUUUGAUGAUAUUUUUGUACCAGGCUUACAUGUGCAACAAAUAUAUCAUCAACAGCCAUUGUUACAUCAACUCCAACCGCCACAACCAGAUUUAGCAAAAAUAGAAACCGAUCAGAAAGGUGAAAAUUUGACGAUUCCUUCGACAGUAGAAGUAUCUUGUGCAUUAUGUAAUCAACGAUUUAAUAGUGAAAAAGCUUUACAGUUACAUCAUAAGAGAAUGCAUAUAGUCGAAGUAUCGAAACGUAUUCGUGAACAGGCAAAAUGCGUAAUAUGCAACGAAGAGUUCCCAUCUGUUGUAUUGUUUAAUGCUCAUUUAAAAAUACAUCCGUUAGAAUGUGGACAAUGCGGGAAAUACUUUUAUAGAAAACAAAAUUAUAAAUUACAUAUGAAACGUCAUUUAGGAAUCAAGCCCUUUCCUUGUACGCUAUGUGAUAAGGCAUUUUUAACUAAACAAAAAUUAGAUGAACAUACUAAUGGACAUACAGGUAAUGCCCCUGUAAAGUGUAAUUUAUGUAAUGAAACCUUUCGUAGAUAUUCAAAUUUAACUCAGCACAAGAAUAGACAUCAUCUUAAUAUUAAAAAGAAAUUGAAAGAUUAUAUAUGCCAAUGUGGAGAGAUAUUCCAUACGAAGAAAAAAUUAGCAUGGCAUAAAGAGACGCACGAUGAAAAACCUAAAGCAUGCACGUAUUGUAAUGAAAGAUUUAUACAUAUGGCUAGUCUUACACGUCAUAUGCGUCGUGCUCACAAUAGGAGAUUUGUUCCUGAUGCUCAAAGAGAAAAUGAAAACGUGGAGUGUCCAAUAUGUAAAUGUAUUUAUUUGCGAUCAUCUUUAGCUGUUCACAUGCGUGUCCAUAAUGGUGAAAAGCCCUAUGAAUGUCAGGUUUGUUCCAAGGCUUUUAGUACGAAAUGGAAUUUACAAUUGCACAAGUGGACUCAUGCAGCUCGUAGCACAAAACCGUUUAAGUGCAACCAGUGUAGCGCUGCAUUUUAUCGACACAGUGAUUAUACAGCUCAUAUGAAUUCUCAUCGGAAUGUACGUCCAUAUACGUGUAAUUACUGUGGAGCUCAGUUCAUACGAAAAUAUAACUGUUUAAGACAUGUAAAAGAACACGAGGAGAAUAAGGCAUACACAUGUGAUGUUUGCAACAAAACGUUUCAUAGGUCAUAUUAUCUAAAAGAACAUUUAAGAGUGCACUCAGGAGCAAGACCAUACACAUGUCACAUCUGUGGGAAAUCAAGUGGUACGAAAUCUAAUCACAAUAAGCAUGUAAGAAUUCAUCAUGCCCGAGAACCUGUAAAUACUGAAAACAAAUAUUGUGAAAGAAAACGUAAAAAAAUGACUACAAAAAGAAAACCUGAAACACAAGUACCAGCAGAAGAAAGUGAUUUACUUUCAAUUCGACCACUUGGUGCUGGUCAAGAGGUUGGAAGAUCAUGUAUCAUGUUGGAAUUUAAAGGAAAAAAAAUCAUGUUGGACUGUGGUAUACAUCCUGGAUUAUCUGGUAUGGAUGCUCUACCAUUUGUAGAUUUAGUAGAAGCUGAUGAAAUAGAUUUGUUACUGAUCUCACAUUUUCAUUUGGAUCAUUGCGGUGCCUUACCGUGGUUUCUUCAGAAGACAAGUUUCAAAGGACGUUGUUUCAUGACUCAUGCAACUAAAGCAAUUUAUCGUUGGCUUUUAUCUGAUUAUAUUAAAGUAAGUAAUAUUGCUACAGAGCAGAUGCUAUAUACAGAAUCAGAUUUAGAAACUAGUAUGGAUAAAAUAGAAACAAUAAAUUUCCACGAGGAAAAAGAUGUUUUUGGCAUAAAGUUUUGGGCUUACAAUGCUGGACAUGUAUUAGGUGCCGCUAUGUUUAUGAUAGAAAUAGCUGGUGUUAAAAUUUUAUAUACUGGAGAUUUUAGUCGUCAAGAGGAUAGACAUUUAAUGGCUGCUGAAAUACCAAAUAUUCAUCCAGAUGUAUUAAUAACAGAAUCUACAUAUGGAACACAUAUUCAUGAGAAAAGAGAAGACAGAGAAGGGAGAUUUACAAAUUUAGUUCAUGAAAUUGUUAAUCGAGGUGGUAGGUGCUUGAUACCAGUUUUUGCCUUAGGAAGAGCACAGGAACUUCUUCUUAUUUUGGAUGAAUAUUGGAGUCAGCAUCCUGAAUUACAUGAAAUUCCAAUUUAUUAUGCAUCUUCCUUGGCAAAGAAAUGUAUGGCUGUUUAUCAAACAUACGUGAAUGCAAUGAAUGAUAAAAUCAGACGGCAGAUAGCAAUCAACAAUCCAUUUGUAUUUAAACAUAUUUCAAAUUUGAAAGGUAUUGAUCAUUUUGAAGAUAUUGGACCUUGCGUGGUUAUGGCAUCUCCAGGUAUGAUGCAAAGUGGUUUAUCAAGAGAAUUAUUCGAAUCUUGGUGUACUGAUGCAAAGAAUGGUGUUAUAAUAGCUGGUUAUUGCGUAGAGGGUACACUAGCAAAAACUAUUUUAUCGGAACCAGAAGAAAUCACAACUAUGUCUGGACAGAAACUGCCUUUAAAAAUGUCAGUCGAUUACAUAUCAUUUUCGGCUCACACUGAUUAUCAACAAACCUCAGAAUUUAUACGUAUUUUGAAACCACCGCAUGUAGUACUUGUACACGGUGAACAGAAUGAAAUGGGAAGAUUAAAAGCUGCUUUACAACGAGAAUAUGAGGAUGAUCCAAAUACUACAAUGGAAAUUCAUAAUCCUAGAAAUACAGUUGCUGUAGAGUUAUACUUCAGAGGAGAAAAAACAGCUAAGGUUAUGGGCACAUUAGCCAUGGAAACACCAAAUCCAGGACAAAAAUUAUCUGGCGUUCUGGUUAAACGUAAUUUUAAUUAUCAUAUGUUAGCUCCUUGUGAUUUAUCAAAAUAUACAGAUAUGAGUAUGAGUCAAGUUAUACAACGGCAAAGUGUAUACUUCUCAGCUUCAUUACCGGUAUUAAAACAUCUUCUGACACAAAUAGCUGGUAACUUAGAAGUUAUAGACGAUAAAAAAUUAAGAGUCUUUAAAAAUAUUGAUGUGACUAUCGAUGGAAAGAUUGUUAUGAUGGAAUGGAUUGCCACACCAGUAAAUGAUAUGUAUGCAGAUUCUGUUUUAACUGCGAUAUUGCAAGCCGAGAUGAUGGAACACCCUCCUAAAAUGUUACCUGCACCAACAAAAAUGGAUAGAAUGCAUUUUAAAGAAUGUCUUAUAGAAAUGUUACAAGAAAUGUUUGGAGAGGAUUCAGUUCCAAAAAUUUUUAAAGGGGAAAAGUUGUAUGUAACUGUUGAUGGUAAAAAGGCACAUAUAGACUUAUUAAACUUAGAAGUUACCAGUAAAGAUGACGAAAUUUUCCAACAAAUAGUACAAACAGCUGUAACGAAAUUACAUCAAUCAUUAGCACCACCUUGUGAUACAAUAUGAAUGAUUAUAUUUCAAAUAUUUUUAUAUCCUAAUGCACAGUAUAUUAUGAAAUAUGAUUUAUUUCGAUUAAUAUUUUAAUAUAUCAAAAAUAUAUAAAAUAUAAAAAUUACAUUUCCAUUGAUUUUCUAAUAUGACAAGAUGGUAUAUAUUAUAAUUGUUUAUAAUUGGUACACUCUUCAUUUUGUAAAUAUAAUUUAAAAUUUACGAUAUCAUAUAAUAUUGAAAUUUUAAAUAAGUUAAAAAUUAAAUAAUAAAAAACUAAUAAUAAAUUAAAGAUUAACAUGAUUGUAUAAUAAGACACGUUUGCAUAAAAAAUCUCAUUUUUCUUAUUAAUUAUAGUAGCUAUAAUUAUCACAUUGGAUAAUUAUUAAUAAUUUAUAUAUGAUAUUCCUUCAGAUCACCCCAUGCGGGCCCAACUUUUAUUUUUACCGGUAAUGGCACUGCAAGUUGACAUACUUGUUCCAUUGAUUCUUUAACUAUUAGAGCCACUUGUUGCAGAUCCAUUAUAUUUACCUUAAAUUACGCAAUUUUAAUCAAAAUAAUAUGUAAAAAAAUUUUUUAAUUAAUAAUAUUAUUUGUUUAAUUUUA